AUGGGACGUCGUCAUAGAAGAUCAAAAGUGACACGUGUUGUCAAUCUCGUUAAAAAAAUCAUCGCCUUCUUCUUUUCACACAUUGGAUUAUGUGCUCUCGUUGUUGGGUACGCUCUACUUGGAGCUGUAAUCUUCAAAGCAGUGGAAGGACCACAUGAAGCAGAGAUUCAAGCACAAGUGAAAAAUGCUCGUGAGAGAGCAGUUGAUGUCGUUUGGAAUGCAACAUUUCGAGUAAAUAGGCUGGAUUCGAAACAAUGGAAAAAGACGGUUCUUGAUGAAGUUAAAACUUUUAAAACAGUCUGUAUGCAAUCUAUCCGAAAAGGAUACGAUGGAAAAGAAUACGGUAAACAGGCUCAAUGGACGUUUACUGGUGCAUUCCUCUACAGUCUUACUGUAAUUACGACUAUCGGAUACGGAAACACUGCUGCGAAAACUUACAUUGGAAAGACACUCACAAUGUUGUACGCUAUCAUUGGAAUCCCACUUAUGCUUCUUUUUUUAACGAACAUUGGAGAUGUGAUGGCAAAGAUAUUCAGGUUUCUGUACGCCCAGUCAAUUCGACUGAAGUUUCGAUUGAUUCUAUGGCACAAGAAGAGAAAGGCGGCGAAGAUUCGUAGAGCAAACAGUUUAGUUUCUCGAUUGACGAGAGGUCAUCGAGUGAAAGCUGAUUCAUCGGUCGAUUCAUUCGGAUUGGGUGCUGGUGCAGAUGUGGAGGAUUUAUUGACGGCUCGAGUGGAAAUGGAACAACUAGAGGUCCGUGAAACAGCAGCUGCCCAAUUGGAAAGUGUUACUGUACCGAUUUCAUUAGUUGUCUUCACAAUGCUCGGUUAUCUUGGAGUUGGAACCACUAUUUUCAAAGUUUGGGAGGGAUGGACGUUCCUGGAAAGCUUCUAUUUUUGUUUUAUUUCUCUCACAACUAUCGGUUUUGGAGACAAAUUCCCCAGCACAUCUGUAAGCAAUACUGACGAAGCUCAGGAAAAACUGGUUAUCACCAGUAUCUACUUGCUAUUCGGCAUGGCUCUGCUUGCUAUGUGCUUCAAUUUGGCACAAGAAGAAGUCCAAAACAAGACAAGAUGGAUUGCUGAUAAGUUUAGAUCUAAAGAUGACGAUGAUGAUUAA